UAAGGUCUUGUUCAAAUUACACCAACUGAAUUUGUAGAAAUUAUUUGGCUCCAUCUUAUAAGAUAGAUGGCUUCUUUGCUGCAACGAACAUAGAAGAAAACUACAAAAAAGCGAAAGUUAAAGGAAUUGAAUACACCACAAAGAACAAGUAUUAAGAAAAUUCAAUGUAAACUGUGUCAGUUGUCUUGUAAAGAGUAGCUUCAAAGGUAUGUUUGUUAAUAAGGAGACUCAGGCCUUCUGGACUUUAUUUUAUUAUCAUCAUAAUUUAUUUAGGUAAGUUGUGAAGUCAUUCGGUGGAAGAUUUUAUGACUUUUUAGUUUCUGAUAAAAUAUCCUCAUUUCUCUUGAAUAUUUGGCGGCCAGUGGGUAGUUAUUUUCUGGUUUAUUUCGCGUAAUCGAGCCCUUUAUACGUCUGACACGUACAACCCAAAUAGUUCCCUUUGUCUUUUCAGUUGUUGGGAUUUAUGGUUAUUCUUAAUAUUUAAACCCUUUCAGUUGUAGUUGAACGUGGUCGAGAGUACAAUCAGUGACAAGAUUGUUGACUCGUUACGACUUAGAUUGCAAUAUUCUGGAAAAGCAUACCAUAUUUUUUCCCAAUACCCUUGCUUUCACUCUUUCUUCCUCUGUACAGUGUUGUACUUUGUUGCCUUUGCAACAACACUUUGAAUCAGGGUAAGAGCAGGUAAUGUGGCGAUCUGUAGUGUAUUUUAGCGUUCUUAACAGAGGCUGCGUGAAUGUUUAGUGUCAACUUACUUUGAAGGUCACAGAGCGUACGUGCAGCUCUAUAUUUUAAGAUCUGUCAUUAAGUGUGCAGCUCACGUACAGAUAUCAAAAAUAAAUAUCCGCUAAAGCUGAAGGGAAAGAGGACGUUUAUAACACGGAAGGAGCACAGAGAAGAUAAAAACUGAGGAGACACGGUAACACAACCAUAGCAGCUUCUGACCAUGGUGAUCAACGUAACUAAAAAAAUUACUCUCGAAAAAACGUGAACGCUCCAAGAAAGACUUGAAAUAAUGGCAACUGAAAUUGACCGAACAAAGACAAAAGAAGCAGCUGAUAAACCAUUAGAAAACGAGUAUGUAAAGAUACUUAACAAUGUAAAGGAUAGGCUGGCAAGAGACAUGGAUCCAGAUCAAAUAGUGGUGAAAAUGGCGAAAUCAAAUGUCUUUAGCCCCAAGGACGAGGAAGACAUCAAAGGGAAUGAUUACAAAACAAGAUGGGACCGAUCCGUUACCAUGUUGGAAAUACUUCCUAGAAGGGGUUUCAAAGCCUAUGAAGCGUUCAAGGAAGCACUUAUUAGCACAGAUGGGCAAACGCACCUUGCGAAUAUGCUUCUGGCGGCAGAAAAUAAGGAGCUGAGAAAUGAACUUGAAGUAGAACGGCAAAACAGUUUAGAGGCAAGGAGCAGAGCAGAGGCAUGGAGCCGACAACAAAGCAACACAGGAGGAGAGAGCGGAGAAGAAAGUUUAGGAGAUGAAGAGUCUCAUCUCAAAAUAUUGCUGAUCAGUGAAUUCCAAGAUUUGAGAGAAUUCUUGACCAAACUAAUAACAUCAAAGACCGAUGGUGACAAAAAGGAGAUAAAUGCAGGUGUCCAGAAUCUGCUGACCAAAAUUAAAGGAACUCAAAAGAAACAACAGGACAUAACGACCCGUUUCGUCGCUUUUGAAAGCAAAUUACCGAUAUUGCUCCAGGAAAUCAAAGAGUGUAUCGUCAACGAAAUUCUAAAAUACUUUAAUAAGACAGAGGGUAGUCACCCAAAUCGACUGCAGAUGCAGUUAAAUACCAGCGAUAGAAAAACAGUUCAAGAUACAGAGUCCGCCACAGCCAAGGAACUCAAGAGGAUGAAGAAAAAGUUUGAUCACCUGGAAGGAAGCGUGUACUUUCCAAGGUUAAACGAGCAACCCUUUCAGAAAAAGUGUUGCGGCGUUCUUUGCGCCCUAAAGCCUUCGGGGAAACUUAUUGCUAAAAGAUCUUCUGAGCGAAAGCAGGAAAAAAACGUACAGAAUGCCCCAGCAAACUGCGUAUUUGACCAUUCAACAGGCACCACAAGUGGAACCGAUGAGGGGAAAGAUUCAUGGUGGUCUGUUGACCUUGGCUCAAAGCAUCGACUAUUUCUCUCUCAUUACGAGUUGCGGCACGGUAAGCCAGGAGCUGACUCGCUUCUCACAGAGUGGCAACUUCAAGGAUCCAUAGAUGAAGCAAUAAAUAGCUGGGAAAACAUUGAAACUAUUUUUGAUAAAAGUGAUCCUCAGUUCAGUAACUCUGACCGUUAUAUUUCAGGCAGGUGGUCGGUUGGAGGUAAAAGGAAAGCGUACCGUUACUUUCGCAUUAAACAGACUAGAGUUAAUAAAUCGGGCAAGUACGGAAUUUUCUUAUCAGGCAUUGAACUGUACGGUACACUGCUUAAUAUUUGAACGCUUUAAUUUUUUUUAAUCCAGAUAAGAUGAAAUGAUUUAAUGAUAUUGUUAAGUUGGCUAUAAAAUUAUUCAAAUUGUCAUUUCUUUUAAAUUUUAGAAGAUCUUUUGGAAUAAGCUUACCGUAUUUUUGACGUUUCAAUCAUUCAAAGAUACUUUUUGAUGUCACAGAUUUUAGCUGGGUUUUUCUAUUCCUCAAGCUGAAUGGAUGAGGGUGGUUGAUUGGGCCACGCAUGAUUUCAAACUUCAGCCGUUUACCUGAAAUGAUACACAAUAAAAAAAUUUUGGGGUGUCCUCUUCAGUAAAAGAAAUUUGUAAGCAACAGUAACGAAUUUAAUUCUUGCAUCAUUACUUCAUAUGCGGUUCUUACAGGAGAAGGAACGUGUAAUUUUUAUUCAUGAAAGCGUAUCAGAGGACUCUGAAAAGUGAAUAUCUCACGCCGUAAACGGUGAGCUGUUCGUAAACAUUUUUCCCGCGCGUUGAAAAAUAUUUGAAGGAUAAUAAAUGUAGCAGGGGUCUUUUUGCAAUCUCUUUGCAAAUAUUUCAAACGAGUUCUUACUAGAUCUCACUAACUCAAACAAGCAAUCUAUGGGUACAAAAUGUGUACAAACUGUAGCAACCAACGUCAAAAGUAUAAUAACUACCUGGAAAUUUCGACAAGAACAGUUUACACGCUGACGACAGUAACAAAGCAGAAGAAAGCCGUUAAGUUGGAUUUUCAGGCCAUCGCUGGAGACGAAGGUGUAAGCAACUUCUUAGAUUGACAAUACUUUGACAAUACUUUUAUUUUCUUUCACCAUAUUUCCUUACAAUAUACGAUAUUCUACCAAACUUAUCAUAUAUUUAUUUAAGAAGAAAUAAAUAAAUACAAAA